AUGACGGUCAUCUUUCCUAUCCAGACCCGGGACCAAAGGGCUGUGCUUGCUGUGGCCCUCACUUUCUCGAUACUGGCCGUUGUCGCAGUGUCCUUGCGCUUGUUGGCCCAUCAUAUUGCGCAUAAGCCAUGGACGUCGAGUGAUUACUUCCUGAUUGCCGCCUGUUUCUUCGCCGUCGGUCUCCAGUCAAUCAGUAUCACAGGAGUAUUCCAGGCCGGCAUCGGCUUCGACCAUGUCUCGUCCAUUGUGGCCCUUUACGGGAUGGAGCCCGUCACCAAACUGUUCCAGCUGAUCAUCCCGCUGCAGUUCACAUGGGUGCUGAGUCUCAGCUGCACCAAAAUCUCCAUCCUGCUGCUGUAUCUUCGCAUCUUCCCCGUCGUAGGGGUCGUACGGAUCGCCUGGGUCACCAUCGGCGUCAUUGUCGCUUGGGCCAUCGCGACAAUCCUGGCCGGGUGUCUCAUCUGCCGGCCCUUCGCCUUUAACUGGGACCAGACCAUUCCUGGCGGAUCGUGCGGAGACCAGGUCACCUCGUUCACGGUGACGGGGGUGAUCAAUCUAGUUACUGACGUGGCCGUGCUGGUGACGCCGAUGCCGUCGCUGUACCGCCUGCAAAUGGCAACGUACAAGAAGGUGACCCUGAUUACCGUUUUUGGAUUGGGAGUAGUCACCUGCGUCAUCAGCGCCCUCCGCAUCUCCGUGCUCUCCUCAAUGGACUUUACCGACAUCACCUACACGAUCCCCCGCGCCAAUAUCUUCAGCGGUCUGGAACCUUGUCUCGCCGUCAUCCUUGCUUCAGUCCCGAUGAUGCGACCGCUACUCGGUCGCUCGGUCUACACGCCCAACGGAACAGGCCCCAAGUCCUCCGCCCCGUCUGCGGGACCCAAACCCGACCCCUCCGCUUCCGGUGACGGAUUUCACCGUCUGGGAGACAACUCGAGCCAGUUGUGCUUGCAGCCGUUGGGGCAGAAGAAGUUUGCUGGUGUCGGCGUAAGGGAGGAGGAUUCCUUGAGUGGGGGGAGCGAAGAGUCGCUGACUCUUGAGACAAGGAGGCAGAGGGAACCGGCUCUGAGCUAG